AUGACUAGCUUGACGAAGGUCCGAACUUUGGCCAAGAUGCGAGGUGGAAUUUCUGGAUUACUUGCACCAGCUAGCGACUUCAAAACAAUCAUCCUCCCCAGCACCGUCUUUGGCGUGCUCAACUCCCUCGCCACGAGCGCUUACGGACUUGAUGACAUUCCACCCAUCACACUCUCCCUAAUCCUCACUCGUCUCAUCCAAGCUCUUGUCUGGGUCAGCCUCGUCUACAUCCCAUUUGGCAUCAACAACCAACGCAGCCCCUCUGCCAUCGUAGAGGACGCAAUCAACAAGCCAUGGCGGCCGCUUCCUCAGAAUCGCCUCUCUCCAUCCCAAGCCCGGCGCCUUAUGUACUGCAUCGUCCUUCUCGCUCCACUCCACGGCUACAUCUACCGCGGGAUUGGCUUCCGACAGUCGUCACUCCUCCGGGCCCUCGACAUCUGGUACAACAACGUCGGCGGUGCGGACAAGAACCCUGUGCUUCGCAAUCUCCUCAACUCCCUGGGCUACCUUUCCUUUAUAACCGGAGCGUUGGAAGUCGCAUUGGGUAGACAAAUCCCAUUUACCUCAGACCCAAUGUCCACUUCUGGUCCUGAAAACCGUCUUGCCCUCUGGCUUCUCAUAAUCGGCGGUAUCGUCUUCAGCACAAUCCACCUCCAAGACCUCUACGAUCAAGAAGGGGACGCCUCGCGCGGCCGACGCACCGUGCCGUUGGUGAUUGGAGACGCACCCGCGCGGUGGACGAUCGCGACGCCCAUGCUUUUCUGGGGGAUCGUGUGUCCUCGGUUCUGGAGGGUUAUGAUAGCGCGUGGCGUAGAGAGUGAUCGGGAAACGUUUCGGCUUUGGAAUUGUUGGAUCUCCGCUGUAUAUGCGAUGCCUUUUUUUGCGCAGAUGUAG